AUGGCUUCCGACGGUUCCCCUGCGUGCUGCUCUUCUGAGCCCUGUGCAGUUGCCUCGCCCUGUCCCACUGACACAACUUGCCUGCCCAGCACGUGUGCCACCUCCAGAUGUCAGACCCCGAGCUUCCUCUGCAGGGCUCAUUUCUCGGCCGGUCGCCUCUCACCCUGCUACUUCGCCAGCAGCUGUAGCAGUCCGUGCCUGGUGGGGAACUGUGCCUGGUGUGAGGAAGGGGCAUUCAACAGCAACGAAAAGGAGACGAUGCAGUUCCUGAAUGACAGACUGGCCAGCUACCUGGAAAGGGUGCGGAGCCUGGAGGAGAACAACGCCGAGCUGGAACGCAGGAUCCGAGAGCAGUGCGAGCCGGACGCCCCAUUGGUGUGCCCAGAUUACCAGCGUUACUUCGACACCAUUGAAGAACUCCAGCAAAAGAUACUGUGCACGAAGGCAGAGAAUUCUAGACUUGCUGUUCAGGUGGACAACUGCAAAUUGGCUGCUGAUGAUUUCAGGUCAAAGUAUGAGAGCGAACUGUCUCUUCGUCAGCUGGUGGAGAAUGACAUCAGUGGCCUUCGUGGGAUCCUGGGUGAACUGAACUUGUGUAAAUCAGACCUGGAGGCCCAUGUGGAGUCGCUGAAGAGUGAUCUCCUUUGUCUUAAGAAAGACCAUGAAGAGGAGGUCAACGUGCUUCGUGAGCAGCUUGGAGAUCGGCUGAGCGUGGAGCUGGACACUGCCCCUACUGUGGACCUCAACAAGGUCCUGGAUGAGAUGCGAUGUCAGUAUGAGACCGUGCUGGCCAACAACCGCAGGGAUGCAGAGGAAUGGUUCGCGGCUCAGACGGAAGAGCUGAACCAGCAGCAGAUGUCCAGCGCCGAGCAGCUGCAGGGAUGCCAGACCGAGGUGCUGGAGCUGAAGCGCACGGCCAACACUCUGGAAAUUGAGCUCCAGGCGCAGCAAACCCUGACAGAAUCUCUGGAAUGUACUGUGGCAGAGACCGAAGCCCAGUACAGCACACAGCUGGCCCAGAUGCAGUGUCUGAUCGACAGCGUGGAACACCAGCUGGCUGAGAUCCGCUGUGACCUGGAGCGGCAGAACCAGGAGUACCAGGUGCUGCUGGAUGUCAAGGCCCGGCUGGAGUGUGAGAUCAAUACGUACAGGGGUCUGCUGGAGAGCGAAGACUGCAGGCUCCCCUGCAAUCCAUGUUCUACAGCGCCCACAUCAAGCAGCACGUGUGAGCCGUGUUCAGCCUAUGUGAUUUGCACAGUUGAAAACUGCUGUGUGUGAAUAUUCCAUCUCCAGCAAGGUAGGUGGAGAUUUGGUGCCGGUGCUCAGGAAAGAAGUCCAGCCUCAACCAGGCCGCACGCAGUCGGGACACACGGAUCCUCAGCCUGGCACGCCCAGUGCAGAAACAGGGAGCCACCCGGCGUACAGUGCCUGAAAAUCAGCCCUGAGCGUCUGGGUCUGUUGGUGAUGUUUUCUGCCUUAAGCAGGAGUGUGGUAUUCUGAAAGCCCAGAAAGCAUUCUUGUUAAUCUCCAAAUAAAACUUGGUUAAGUGUAGUUUAGUGACUAAUUGUCAUUGGUCAUAAUGGCCUUUUAACAGACAAGAAUUUGUCUAAACUCAUGACUCUAGUUUGAAUUUGUAUCUUGAAUCCUAACUUAGAUUAGAUAAUCCAUGAGAAACGUUGCAUAUCUAAAUAGAUCAGA